AGUUUGAGCUAUGAGUAAUGUAGAUGUGAUGUACACAACAGUCAAUAAGCAUUGAUUUCAUUCAUAUAAGACAGGAUACGAAUUUCAGAUACUGUAAUUUUGUGUACAAGAUUAAUUAUAAGAUUUAUAAGAUUGUGGAAAAAUGUCUCAAGGCAAAAUUGUGUUAAUGGCUUGUGGUAGUUUUAGUCCUCCGACAUAUAUGCAUUUACGAAUGUUCGAAAUAGCCAGAGAUUAUAUGCAAUCUUUGGGUAUGGGGACUGUUGUAGGUGGUAUUGUGUCGCCAGUUCAUGAUGCUUAUGGAAAGAAAGAUCUUGUUGCUUCACAUCAUAGGAUAUCAAUGCUAAAGUUAGCUUUGAGAUCGUCGGGUUGGAUCAAGAUAUCUGAAUGGGAGACACAGCAGUCUGGGUGGACGAGAACUAAAUUGUCAUUACAAUACCAUCAGGACACAAUAAACUGUCACAUGUCACCCUUAAAUAUUAACACGGAGUCGCCAUCUUGGCUUCCGGACGAUGUUUUAAACGUGAACAGUAUCGACGAGCAGAAUAAUUUGAACGAGAAACUUAAUGGUAAUGUAGGCGAGGGUGUCACCGUUAAAUUGCUCUGUGGUGCUGACCUGCUGGAGUCGUUCGCUAAACCUGGCCUGUGGUCGGAUGAAGAUUUGGAGACGAUAGUCGGUCGUCACGGAUUGGUCGUCGUGACGAGGGCCGGAAGUGAUCCUGGACGAUUUAUAUAUGAAUCGGAUAUGCUUUACAAAUAUAGAAAGAACGUGACACUUGUAACUAACUACAUAGCGAAUGAAGUGAGCUCGACUGUCAUCCGUCGCUUGCUGCAGCGCGGCGAAAGCGCCAAGUACUUGACCGACGACGCAGUACUGGCCUACAUAAGGCAGAAUAGGCUCUAUGGAUCUGUACCUUGCGUCACUGAGUAUAACCUCCUCAAUGAUAUCCUAGCCAACUACGAAAAGUCACCCCAAGACGUCAUUAUGACGUCACCAGAGGAGACGAGCUUCAAAAACAUACUGAUAUCGAUCAGAGACAAACCGUCAAUCGUAGACGAGACCAUAACCGUGAAGCGAGCGAAGAAAUCAAACUUCCUAAUGCCCAAUCACACGGACACGAUAAGUCCAACGUUGGAUCCAAAACCGAAGAUGGCGUACAUCGAUAAGGUACCGUCGACGUAUGUGCCAGGAAAAGCGGUUAAAAUCGUAAGCGAUGUAAAACAACACGCCAUCAAAGACGAGAAGGGAGGCGGUUGCGCGCUGUAGCUGACGUGUUGCGCGCCGCGCGGGAAAUAAACCGCCGUCGCGCGCCAUAUUGAAUGACAACUUAUAAUUUAUUAAAUAGACAUUGAAGUGCGUUCACUUUAGGACAUAUAAAUAUUCGCUAAUUUAUAUUUAGUAAGCAUAUUAGGAAGAUUGCUUGUGCUGUUUUUUUUUAUGAUUUUGUUGAAAGUUAACAGUUGAAUUAUUUACGGUGAUUUAAUACUGCCAAGGCUGAUGGGGCACUUGUUAUCCCUUUGUUGUUGAAUGCCUUUAAUUAGUCAGAUGAUUUUUUUAUAGCAAAAAUUAUAAUUUAUUGGGAGUUAAAUUCUUAAACAUGUAUUGUAUUGUCCUGAGUGAACGAACUAUUUGGCCGAAUUGCUUUAUAUAGCUCACUCAGUGUAGAGCAUUAGUUACUUAACAUUAUAUAAAUAUAAUAAUAUUUUCAUGAAGCAAAUUAAUGCAUGAUAUAUCAAAUGUGCCUUUAUUCAAUUCUAUAUUGUAACCUAAAGUGUUCUAAACACUGUUGAAUUUUUUUUAUGAAGUUUAUUAUAAGGUAGUUCGGCCAAUUCUGACUGUCCAUGAACAUAAACUUUGAUUUUGUUGUGUAGAUAAUUAUGUUAAUUGUUUUUAAAUAAUAAUAUGACUAUCUUAUAUGUUGUGUGGUAUGUACGGUCAGCAACAAAAUAUCUUCGAAAAAUGUAAAUUUAAAAUUGUUAAGAAGAUAUUUUGUUGAUAAGCAUGUUUUUAUAAUUUUAACGUCAAUUUUGUUGUCAUUAAACGAUGAAAAGAUUUCGAAAAAUGUUCCUACUCUUGGUUGGCAAACGUCAUUGUUUUUUUUGAAUAUUCAUAUUAUUUAAAGCGCCGUUUUUAAUAUCGAAACGGCUAGAGGUGGUGCGUCGUCCUUUGACAAAAGCCGCCACUUUUCGUAUAUUUAAGCGACAAUAUUAAUUGCGUCUAGAAUCGUGACUUAAUGAGGACUAACGGUCGUUUGAAAUGUGAUAGAGAAGUGAUAAUAGGAUUAUUAAAAAUAAUCUCUGUUUUAGUGAGAUAUAUGUGUAGUUCAAACUAUGAAUCUUAUAAGAGAAUCAGCUAAAUUAACACUAAAUUGGGAUCUGCACGGCCUUAGGCAUCGGUUAGGUUACAAUAUCCAUAAAUAACGCGAGAGAACACACAGCAAGCUAUUACGCUACGUACACAUUAUUAAUGCACAGUUCUUAUUAAUAUUUCCGAAUUUUUCUACGCCGUGUGCGUUGUCCGUUUUUUUGGAUUGGUAAUGAAAAAUUGUUACCCGUCUAAUAUAAAUUGCCAGAUAAUUCUAUAUUGGCUUACAAGGUUAGGCGUUUUCUUUAACGGUAACCUGAAAUUACUUUAUAUUUAGACCAACAGAUGUCAUGUCUUCGUAUCAAUUUUAUAACGUCAUGUAAGAUCCCAAUUAACAGCCGAGAUUAAUAAAGUUGUUGAUAGGAUUUGUUAUUGCUUUUAUUAGCUACAUUAAAAAAAAAGUUGAUUAGUGAACUGUGGUUUUAUAAUUUGUUGCCAUAAUACAAAAUCAAGUGUAGUCAAUUGUUUUGCUAAAUACUUAUUAAAUACGUAUUUUAUUAAAAGUUUAUUACAAAGAUAUAUUUAUUUUAUUAGUUAUUUUAUAAAGUUGGCAUGUUUUAAUUUAUUUUUAUUUUGUCUAUGGCUAUUCUGUUGUACAUAAUCUCGAUACGAAUUGGAUUUGACUAAGAGCUCUUGUCCUUUUUUAAUCCCUUGAAUGAGAAAGAGAUUGAAGUAUGUUUAGUUCUGUAAUGAUUUGAUAACUGUUUUGAGAUUUUUUACAACGGAACGGACAUGAUCGGUGUUAUUCUGUAAGAACUCGCUUCGCAUCUCACGAAGAAAUCUUGAAAAUCGUUAAAUGGACACGCUAUUUUGGUACAUCGAUUAUUGAAACUACGAAGCAUAUAAUUUUCUCAUAUUUCACGAACGUGUUCUGCGGUGAUUAUCGAGAACGUUCUUAAAGAAUAUCUACGAUUUCGUUAAUGUACAGUCGAAAACAACUGUAGUACUUACUGUCAAAGUUGAUACUAUUUAUCAUUGUAAUAAUAAUCGGUUAUGUGCACUGUAGCUGCACUUUGUACGUACACUUUCACGUUAAAAUCUCUAAUUCAAGUAGUAAUUUACAUAUUUACACAGUGUAGUCUUAGUAAGAGCUUAUACAGCCACGUGUUAUAUGACAUCUCACACAAUCAAUGUUAUAUACGUCAAUUAAAUAAUGCUUAUCUAUCUGUUCACUUACGUCAUCGCGCCCUGACACAUGUUUAGGGUAGUCGAACAUAUUUGUAGACCAUAUCAAUUUGUUUCUACACCUAGCUAAAUUAAUAAUAAGGCUACAUGUUAGUGCCGGAUUUAGGGGAUGACAACUGGGGCAACUGCCCUGGAGCCUCCGUAAAAGAGAGGCUCCCACAAUAUAUAUUGUCAAAUUAUAAUAUUACUGCUACAGAAAUUAAGCAAUUUAUUUACAAACUUGACCGACAGAAAUGAAAAUGUUGAAAUGAACUUGCUUAAUAAUAUGGGGGGCUUCCAUUCCCCUGUUGCUCGAGGGCCUCCAGGCCUUUAAAUCCGGCUCUGCAUUAUGAGCGUAGUCAAUAUAAAUGCACGCUAGUGAUUUCAAGCUGAUCGUACUUAAUGAGUGCAAAGAUCUAUACUAAUACCAAAAUGAUAGUAUUUGCAAGAGCGUAUUCGAUAUUAAUCUUAACCAAAAAAUGUUAUAUAGUGAUAUGUAAUUUCUGCUUAUCCCGUGUACGUCUUACGUCUUUACGUUGUGACGUCACACUAUUUAGGUUUAUAGGCAUCCUUUUAUUCUCAAAAAGAUUUAAUUCGCUUACAUGAGAAUAUAACAUUCGCGUUCGUCUUAAAUAAUAAUUAUAAAUUCAUUAAUAGCAACCCAUUUGCAAUUUUACGUUAUGUUAAUCAAUAUAAUUUUGUCGUAUUUCGAUACUAAAUGUGAAUUCAGUUUUAGCUCUAGUCAUAUACAGAUUCAACAGUGAAUCCACACACCUCCUUUCAUUUAUUACGUCACAAUUUCAUUAAAGGUACAGUUAAAAUAUUUACAAAUAAUAUCUAUAGAUAUUUUUGGUAUUUUUUUUUUUUUUUUUAUAGACAAUCAUUUGCAAACAUAACGUGUCUAGUGAUAUAAUUAGCUACGAAACAUAUAACGUAUUCGCCUUUGUGUGUAUAAAAGUGUAGAUAAUAUUUAUUAACUUUUUUCGUAUUCUUAUGUAAAUAUCGUACUUAAAAUAAUUAAAUAUAUACCACUUUUAUUGAAAGAACUCUUAACCCAUAUGUACCCAGGACUUUAUUCGGCAGCGAUUUUUAUAAUGGUAGGUUAUAAUUUCCAGAUUUAGUAGUACGUUACUUUUUUUAUCCCGUGGGACGUAAACGACCCUCGUGGGUAGAUAAGGGUUAAGAUUUGUUAACAAACUUAUUCCGAUAUGCUUGGGAAAUUCAUAUUUUUCCACAGAUAUUUAACACUUUCCCAAGUGACUUAUGAAAUAUUUUUAUAUACGUAAAAAUUAUAUUUAUUAUACAUAUCCUAAAAUGUAUUUAGGACCUUUUUCUGUGAGACAAAUAAACAUUUCGCUAUCAUGAUAAAAGUUUUUUUUUCUAAUAAAUAUUAUAAAAAUAAUAUUAUAUAAAAUAUAUACAGUCGUACUUUCAUUAUUAGCUUUUUAAUGUUUCAUGUGGAAUAUUAAUUCUAUAUAUAUCAAAAAGGUAUUGAUUCUUGUACGCAAUCUUUAAAUAAAACUGAUAAGUAUUGCUAUCUCUUCUUCCCAAAUGUUGGAAAGAGAUGGCAGUAUAUUUGAGAUUUGUUAAUUUAUUUAGAUUUUGUGUAAGAGAAUUGGUACCUAUAUAUGAUUAUAAAUGGAAUACAUAAUUAAUACUGGCAACUAUUUUACUAUAGUACUUAAAAUAUGUAAUAGCUAAAUUAAAGCUUUCCUGAAA